CAACUUAAUACUUACUUCACAUCGAUAGCUCUCAGAUUCAGCAGCUUAACGUGUUCUUAAGAUCUUCAGACACGGUUGUCUCCGCGCGGACAGUACACGUCGCGUCUGUGAUUGAUCACUGACAGGUGUUUUGUCUUGACUAGCAUAGCUUUCUCGAUUCGCUCCAGAAAAGACCUCUGUAGAUCGUGACCGUGUGUGGUGUGUUAUUUGGAUGCACAUAGCGUCAGCAAAAAAAAAAACUAAAGUAAGAUAAAAAGCCCUUCUUCAUACCUGCAGCGACAGGUGACACUAGGCAGACAGUGGUGUGCCCUUAGCGUGAGGGGCUAGAUGCUCUAGGAACACGCACGAGCAGCUACAAACAAUUUUGCCGAUUCCUGGUGUAAAAGACGGACCCUUUAUUCGGCGCCAAACGUCAGUCAUUCGCAAAGAUGUACAUCCGGCUCUUGGCUCCAUUUGCACUAUAUGCAUUUGUAUUCGCCAAUCACUCCCCAUGCCUGGCUGAAGGCUACCGUGAAACCAAGAAGUCCUACCUUUACGAAAUCGAAGCAAGCAGAUGGCUCACAGAGGGUUUCAUCAUAUCCGUGGAAAUUCCAGACAGUCCAAUAGUAUUGAGCAUUAACGUCAUGGAUCUAGGUGGCAGACUGGCGAAUCUGACCGGCGCAAGGACUUCGUACCGAGUAAUCUAUUACAAUAACGACUCUAUGAUACUGGCUGAUAGAGACCCAGGUGUGUGGGACAAAGCAUUGUGUUCACUCUGGACGACCAAAAAUUAUUUUAGGAAAAGUGAAAGAGACCUACCUGCAUCAACAAAAGCUUAUUACCGGUCGAACUGCGAAGAUCCUAAAUACGUUCCCUUUCCUGCCUCCUGUUGGACUUGAUCUGAUAAAGAAGAAUAAAAGUAUUGUUUGAAAUAUUCA